AAACCUGCUUGGCAAAUGAUGCCUGCUCCUAUGAUGAUAGUUAGAGAGAUAUGUAAAAAUUUUGUAACAAGUUUUAUCGAUUGUAAUAUUCAGAAUACGAUACCAGAUAAAUUAAUUCAUGAUGGAUUCUGGAAAGAAUCAGAAGAAAAUCGCGAAUGUUAUAAAAGAAGUUUUAAUUCUUCUGGAAGAUAUUUGGAUUAA